UAAGGUUGUUCUAGGUUUUCAAUUCUUAACAGCGCUAACCCACCCUCCCCCAAAAAAAUAAAAGAAAAAAAUAAUCAAUGGCGUCUAGGGUUUCUCUGAAGACAAAAGGCAAGAGCAGCAGCGGCAAGGGAGCAAAAGGCAUGGAAGAGAAAUCACCGUCACAGUAUUUCAAAGAAUGGAGCACAUGGUCAUUUAAAAAGGCCAAAGUUAUCACUCACUAUGGAUUCAUUCCUAUGAUUAUUAUCAUUGGAAUGAACUCUGAGCCUAAACCACAGAUUCAUCAGCUCCUUAGUCCUUUCUGAUUCGAACCCAGAUCGUAGUUUCUCUUGUUCUAUUAUGGGUCUGUGCUUAUCUGUCGAAUCUACAUCUUUCUGAGCAAUGGGGUUUGUUAGGUUUGACUGUUUUAUGGGGGAGGUUUAAACGUAUGGAUUGAUUAGUAUAAAUGUUAAAGUUGUGAACUUUGUCAUGCUGGUUUAUGGAUGGUUUAAUUAUUAGUAUGAAUGUUAAAGUUCUGAGCUUUUGUUACUCAGUAAUAAUUGAGUGAUUUAACGAUUAA